AUGGUCCAUCCCGCCAAUGGAACAGCACAACCACUCUUGAUUGCCUUCAUCAGCAUUGGGCGACAAUCUGAAAGACCUCAGAAGACUACCAUCAACCUGUCUUCAAAUAAACGCCUCAGCGCCAUCGUUCCUGAAAUCACUAAGAAGCUCAGCUCGAAGCUCCCUCGUUAUAUGAUGCCCACCGCAUGGCGGUUUUUGGAACAGAUGCCUUUCAAUGGUAAUGGAAAGACUGAUCGCAAACGCCUGAAUGCAAGGGCAUCGGAAUUCUCCAUGCAAUUAUUCUCGAAGUAUGGUUCAAUGCCUGUGGAAUAUCAGCCGCCCACAACCCCGACAGAAAAAGAAAUGCAGAGAAUUUGGAGUCAGGCGCUUAAGUUGGAGAGAAGUUGUAUUGGAAUUAAUGACAAACUUUUCCGUCUUGGUGGAGACUCAAUCACGGCUAUGCGGUUGGUGGCUAUGUUCCGCGACAAUGGUUUCAAAAUCUCUGUGGACGAGAUUUUUAAGCACCCGACAAUCUACCAGAUUGCCUUUAUCUCUUUAUCUUUACUACCAAAUCACUUUCUCGUCGACGAAAUUCGACGAGAGGCAGCUGAGGAGCGUGGUGUUCUCUUGGAUAGCGUCGAAAAUAUUUACCCUUGUACUCCUUUUCAGGAAAGCUUGAUGGCACUUUCCAUCAAACAGAAAGGAGCUUAUAUGGCUCAGCUUACUUAUCGAAUUCCAGAGUCAGUCGAUCUUGGGCAGUUCGAGAUGGCAUGUAUAUUAGACGUAGACCACAAGAAAGCCGAAGUCUAUUGGGUAUCGCAGUUACUGGAUACUUCUGCAGAAGAAUUCUGCAAAAGGCCAACUCCUGAUUACACACCCAUAUCCCAUCACAAGCUCAAGAAAUCAAUCAUCUUUACAAAGGAAAACAGUCUUGGAGUCACAAAGGUGAUCAUAGACAGUGGUGCCGAUGUGGAGACCCAUUUCGAUGAUACUAUGAUUGCACCCUGGCAAAUCACUCGGAUUGUCAGUCAGCUCGAGUUCGUCAUUCAGCAAUUGUGCCGAGCGAAUGUAAUCAAUAGAAUUCAGGAUAUCAAGUAUAUCAGCGCAGCGGAUUUUAAAGAGCUUUACAAAUGGAAUUCAGGGGUCGGACCAGCUAUUAUGGAGACAUUGCAUGGCCUGGUCGAUGAAGCUGCUCAGCGAAACCCUUCAGGGCAGGCUAUAGCUUCUUCUGCUGGAUGCAGACUAGAGGGAGCACUCUCCUGUAAUGAGGCCGAGAAAGCGAGAAAUUCAGAGCUUAGGAUUCACAGAUUUUUGCUAUCGAACCCCUCCAGCUUGCGUCAUCCUCUUCUCCUCUUCUCACUUUUGGUCUAA